UGGAACUGUUGGAACGGUGAACCAUCCAGAUACCAGUGCUCGCCCGGUCUUGCCUACGAUCGUGAUGCUCGUGUGUGCAUGUGGGCCGAUCAAGUGCCAGAGUGCAAAAACGAAGAAGUCGCCAACGGUUUCAGCUGUCCCGCCGCCGGUGAACUUGCCAAUGCCGGUUCAUUCUCGAGACAUGCUCACCCUGAAGAUUGCCGCAAAUACUAUAUUUGCUUGGAAGGUGUUGCUCGUGAAUAUGGUUGCCCGAUCGGCACUGUCUUCAAGAUUGGCGAUUCUGAUGGUACAGGCAACUGCGAAGAUCCAGAAGAUGUUCCCGGAUGUGAAGACUACUAUGGCGAUUUGGACUUGAAGAGCAUCCGCAAAAGUGAACUCUUAGCUGGAUUGAAUAGUGAAGGUCGCACUAAGAACGCAUCAAAAGCCAAAGCAGCCGCCGCCUCUUCCUCAUAAACUCUAAAAUGAAUCUCUUACACGCACACGCAUACCUU